UAAACUCGACAGAAAACGAAGUCGUCGUCGCAGGCAGCGACUGGACUGUUGAUUAUUUAAAGGAUUUCUUCUUGGUUGAAUCGUUAAAACAGCGUUUGUGCGACACCGGACAAUAAAGUUAAUCGGCAGCAGCUGACAGCAUUAUGGAGGAGGAAGAGGCCCCCGGAGAUGGCGAGGUGGAGAACCCCGACCCCUGUUCUGCAGAGUUCUACGCUGCCGAGGCCAUGGCUGCCGACAUGGACCCCUGGAUUGUUUUUGACUCCCGAAGGACUCCAAGAUCAGAGUUUGAAGGUUGGCUUGAGAGCAACAGACCCUCACGGGUACACAGGUUUGGCGACGAGGAGAGCGGUGUACGCCCUGUGGGGUGGAUCGCCGUAUUCGGACCCAGCUUCUGCCCCGACAUAGGGGACGUCACAGGUCUUCAGGAGAGCUGGGAGAGACUGCUGGCCAGUGGCCGACCUGUAAGCUUCCAGACGGUGAAGGAACUGGCACUCAAUCAUGGAGUGCUCUCAGGCAAGUGGUUGAUGCACUUGGACUCUGGUUUCAAGCUGGACCACGCUUGGGAGUGUGUAGCCAGAGCAACUCUGGACGGGAAGAUCUCCUCUGUUAAAGUCAGUACCUAUGAUCCAAAGGCACAGGGAAAGCAGGUCAUUUGCAUCUACAACAACAACUUCACUGACGAGAGCGAGGUUGUGAAGUUGGACUCGGUCAUCCGUGCCACGGGGGUCAAAUGCCCGCUGUCCUACAAGCCGGACGUGUACACUUACCUGGGAAUCUAUCGAAAUAACCGCUGGAAGCUUUGCCCAACCAUCUACGAGAGCAAGUUCAACCUGGAGUGUGUUCCCAGACGUUCCCACAUUACCAACAAAGUCACCAGUAUGGAAAUGACAUAAACUUGCAAGGAUGCGUUUCCAGGAUGACCGUAAUAAGAUAAGCAUGUGUAAGCAGUCGUCCAGCUUAAGAAGUAACACUCACUGACUGUUGAUCAAAGGAUAAGGUUACUUUUUUAGCGGUUCACUCGCAAUCAUGGAAAAAGGUCUUUUAGGCAAAGCGACCUGUCAUUAUGGAUCAGGCAGGCUGUGAUCUUGACCAUCUUGGAUUUUCUUGAAAUUUGGGUGAUUGGACGUGCAGAUCUUCAGUU